UUAUCUUCUAUAUAAACCCACACCAUGCAGCACUUAUAACACAAGAAGGAAAGCAAAAGCAUUUCUUGAUUUUGUAUUUGAAUUUCAUAGCUAGUAGAGAAGACCAAAUAUUAAUGGCAAACAUGAGGGUUGCAUGUGUGGUUGCAUUAAUGUGCAUGGUGGUAGUUAGUGCACCAAUGGCAGAGGCUGCAGUAUCAUGCGGAAGUAUAACUAGUGCCCUUGUUCCAUGCAUCUCUUACCUUAAGGGAGGUCCAGGUCCUUCUUCAUCAUGUUGUGGUGGAGUGAAGAGAGUUAACGCUGCGGCCGCCACCACACCUGACCGUCGAGCCGCUUGCAAUUGCUUGAAAAAUGCUGCUGGUUCUAUUUCUGGUUUGAAGGCCGGUAAUGCUGCUGCACUCCCUAGCAAAUGUGGUGUCAACAUCCCCUACAAGUUCAGCACCUCUACCAACUGUAAUUCCAUCAACUUCUAAAGAGUGUGAAUGAGGGGAAGAAGCGGAUAGCAUGGCACUUCUUUCUAUCGAAAAUAAUAAUUAUCCAUCCUUGCGGUGGAAUUUAUUAAUGAAAUAAUAAAGAAAGACAACGAAGGCCCCACCUUUGCAGUCGAGUCUCCUCUUGUAUGAGACUUUUUUUUGUCUAUAUAUGUGUUGUACAAUUAUUAUUCUUCUUCCUAGUUUGGCUGUGUAAUAAAGACAUAUCAUAUAAUUCCAUGCUACUUUACUUUCUACUUUGAACAAUUGUCCUA